AUGGAUACAAACACAGCUGAUGAUAGCUAUGUCGGAAAACCACUGGAACUGAAUGGAAUUAUAGAAAAUUACAAAGAAACCCCGUUAUACAUGGGCAUUAGUGCACUUCCUGUCGCAGAUUCAAAGGUCAGACUUAUAAAAAGAGAUGGCAACUGCUUCUAUUAUUCAAUAAUCUUUUUAAUGCUAGAGCACUACUCCACGCCAGCACAGGCUGCAGAGCUUAUUCAAAAUUUCAAUAGAAUUAAUAAUGCUCUGGUUCUGGAUGGGGUCGAAGACUACUUAGUAAAUGAAUUUUCUGACCCAAUUAUGUCUGUGCUUAAAGCAGUGGGAAAUAAUGAAACUACUGGUCUUGAAGCACUGGAUAAUAUAUUCUGGAAUUAUAGCGUAGCAUACUUUAGACUAAUUACAUCAAUGCGAAUAAAAAAGCAUACAGACGAGUUUACGGAUUUUAUAGUUGAUUCAUCUAUUGAGGAGUACUGUAGUAAAAAUAUAGAGGCAAUUAAUCAGUAUGCAGGAGAGCUUGAAAUGAUUGCUAUUACUAAAGCGCUUUCAAUCUCUUUUGAUAUAAUUUGGAUAGAAAAGGAAAGAAAUGAUCAUUUUACACGGGGGGAUGGAGAGAAAAUUGGAACUCUUUUAUUUAUGGCAGACCAUUUUGACAUUUUAUAUCUUUAA